UUCAUUUGAAAAUCUCAUAUCGGACGAGUUUGGGUCAAUGAACGAGACGCCAAUAGGACUCAAAUGGAGGGCAGGAUUUUGGUAUGUGACUUUCGUAGUCUGGCUAGGUAUCUCUGUAGACAUACUCGUUUAUUCGAUAAUCGUGCCAGUCAUACCUUUCCGACUAGAAAAACUCGGUUAUGAUAAUGUCUCAAGUCGCGCCGGAUGGUUACUGUUCAGCUACUCUGUUGGUCUGGUACUCGCAACCAUUCCAACCGCUAUGAUCUCGGAACGAUACAAUGCUCGACAACGGCCCCUUGUUUUCGGUAUUCUUCUGCUCAUAGUGGCCAUUAUAAUGUUGAUGGAGGCACCGGUAUAUUGGUUGAUGGUCAUCGCUCGCUUUUUGCAAGGGCUUGCGUCAACGCUAGUUUGGGUUCCCGGCCUCGCCUUGUUAUGUGAUACUGUAACAGAGAACGUGGUUGGAAGACAGAUGGGAAUUACCCUAUCGGGGAUCUCUUUUGGGUUCCUGCUUGGUCCUCCCGUCGGAGGUGCACUCUACGAUAGAUUCGGUUUUCGUGGUACAUGCCUAUUCGGUGUAAUUGCCGCUUUCGUGGAUCUUAUUUUUCGACUUAUCGUUAUCGAACGAAAAGACGCCCUCAAGUGGGACUUCGAUCCUCAAAUCGGCGCUGUGAACACUACCAGGCCCGGGGACAAUGCUUCUGCCUCAGCGGAACAGAAGAAUGCGGAUGGUGUGGUUGCUAACGUUUCGCAAACGAAUGAAAACGAAAACGCAGAUACCCCACCUUCCGAGCCGAAUUCUGAGGGUACUUCAAAAGUUCAUUUGUCUUUGGCUGCGGUCGUCCUGUUUUUGCUUAAAGAACCCCGAGCUUGGACGUCCAUUCUAUGCAUUUUGAUUUCUGGAAUCAUAGCCACCCUCCUCGAAGCCCCGUUACCGGUUCAUAUGAAUCGGGUUUGGAAUUUCGAUUCUCAAAAAGUAGGCCUUGUCUUCAUUGCUUCUGUUGUUCCGAGCUUCGUCUCAACCCUCCUUGCCGGUUAUUUCUCUGAUAAAUUCGGUGCUGCACCAGUCAUGUCCAUAGGACUAGUCCUUGCAAUCCCAUUCUGGAUUUCUAUUACGUACGAUAUCCUAGCGUUGUUUAUCGUGUCGUUCGCUGUCGAGCUCUUCUUCAUUUCGGGAGCAUUCGCUCCACUCAAUGCCGAGCUCGCUCAUGUCUCUCGGGCCACGGAAGGGAUUGGGUAUGCUCACGUUUCGGGAGCUUUCAACAUUGCUUACGGUGUAGGAAGUGCAGUCGGUCCAAUCAUUGGUGGUCAGGUUUUUGACCAUGUCAAGAAUGGAUGGCCGGUGUUGUGUUAUAUUGCUAUCGGACUGGUGGCUGCAACUGCAACCCUGGUGUUUUUCGGGCUCGGUGAUGAGAGUUUGUUCAGUAAAACCAGGCGUUUCCUUGAUAGAAGGAAAUCGAGCGAUUUGCCGUCUUCAGGUUCUACUUAGACAUUAAUAGUGACAGUACUUUACUGUAGUCCGAAUCUCUAGAAUGAUUGGGACCUUCAAAUUUCAAUAACAGUUGUGAGCUGUCGGUGCCUCA